AUAACAAAUACACUGUUUGACAAGUGCAGCUGAUCCCUAAAUAAAAAAGUACUUUUGGGUGUUUUAAUGAAAAUCUCUUGAAUUUAUUAUUUUUGUUUGAAUUUACAAUUAUUUAAAUAUGUCAAAAUAUCGAAGAGAGGUUUUAGCCAUAUUUAAAAAAUUGCAUGUAACCCGCCUCAAAUUAUUCCAAGGCGAUGAACCGAACCUGGGAAAAGCCCGUGCAAAAAUCAAUCUUGAGUUUAAAAACCAUAAAGUUGUGGAAAGCGAAGCUGAAAUUCCCGAAUUGAUUGAAGUCGCCAAACAAGUGGAACAUUUUUACCGAACACAAGUGGUCCAAGCCGUUGAAGUAGACGGAGAACGUAAACGAUUAAUUAUCAGAGAAGAAACGGAAAAAUUAGAUAAUAAAGAAUUUGACGAGAACGCAAAACUGACGACCCGACGAGGUACAAAACAAUGUUGCAACAAAAAACCCGAAUAGAAUAGUUGUAAAAUCAAUUCUAAUUUAUUAUUGUUAUUAUUUUCAAUUUGAAUGAAAAUGUUUUUAAAACAAAAACAUUUAUUAGUCAAGAUAUUAGAGACAAAAAUAUUAAAUUGUUUUUCAUUUUUUUGAUCAAUUAAAUGACUAAAAUGAAAGUAUAAAAAAGUGCAUAGGAUUUUUUCAAAUUUUAAACAUACUUAAUAGAAUGGUAAAAAAAUGUCAAUCCAAUUAUUAGGAGCAUAGUCAAAUCUCUAUUUUUUUUAUUCUGGUGCAGCAAUCUGCAAUUCUAGAUAGUUAUCAUCUUUGACACUUAAUGUUUAUUUGGCAUGUCUUCUUGAAGAGUACGCACAGACCAUUUUUACUACAUGCAGUCACGAUUAUGGGUCGGAGUCAUAUUUGAAUCGAUGUGAUCUUAGGUACCUUGGAAAUCGUCAUGGGCAAUUGGGGUGGCAUGAGGCCACCUGAGACUUCCCUGUAUCCACCGCAUACCAAUUUUUGGACGGCUUGUUCGAUAUGAAAUUCAGUCGAUAGUUUUCCUUUCAAUGUUUUCUAUAACCACACGUCUCCCUAUUGAAUCGCCAACUUCAGAAGCCAUCAACUAUAGAUGUCAACUUUAAAGGUUUAUAUUUUUGUGAAAAUAAUUCCUCAUGACUUUCAACGGUAUUUAGUGCAAUUUCUUUAAGAUCAGCUCCCUUAUCUGGGAUAAAGCAGGAAUUAUUAGUGCAUUGUGCAAGGUAUUGGAUAUAAGAAACUAAAAAAUAAUCCGCGACUUUCCAAACGUUUUGCUCGUUCACGAAAAUGGAUGAAUUUUUUAGAUACCCAUGUGGAAUACUAUUCUGGUGUAAAAAAUGUAUUGCCUCAACAAUGCAUGCAAUGGCAUUGUCAGCUGCCUCAUAUCUCCACCCGGUAGUAUUUCUGAUUUGUCUGGCACUUGUUGACUUUUUGAUUGCAUCCCGAAUAAUAUAAAUGUUUACCCAAUGUAGAUCCUCAAUGAAAAUUGAACUUUUACAUCUGCUGCAUUUCGACUCAUGCAUUCAUUUCUAUUUCCGGAUCGGCAUUGCAAUUUGCAUUUUGGUCUUAAUAAAAUUCUCUUCAAUUUGAUAUGAAUUAUGUGCAAUGGUUCGCUAGUGUCUCUGUAAGUUCCUGAAUAUGUGACUACGCCAUUUUUUAAAUGUUCUAUGACACAAAUGAAAUCAAUUGAAAGAAAAAAAAACUUAUUAAAAUUAAGUGACCAAUAUUAGCUUAUGAUUUAAAUCCAUUUUUGUUACAGAACUAUUUUUAUAUCAACGUUUACAAUUUUACAAAUCCACCUAUAGUAGCGACAUCUAGUGCAUUUAUUAUGUAUUAUACACGAUUUUCAAUUGUUUCUCUCUAACUGAAAGGAACCUAAUAAAGUUCUGUAAAUCAA